GUUUUCACAAACGCAGCAGAUUUUAAUGCUCAUUUUUAGACUAUUUCUUAAUGAUUGUUAUUUCGAAUUUUCAACGGUAAACCUAUAUAAUUCUUCUACUAACUAAUAAUAACAACCAGCGGCAAAAUUAUCACGUUCAGCACGUGCGAACAUAAGUACCGCUCCUUCACUUGCCAUAAAUGCAUUUGAAAAGUUUCUAACCUAACAAAAGUUGCAAUGUGAAUUGUGAACGCCUGCGCAACGAUUUCCCGGCUUAAGAAAUCAUGGAGAAUAAUCCAUCAGGAAACAAACGAAAUUACGGAAAUUCACCACAUCCUAAUUCUCCACGUAAAGCUCAGAAAGUAGACUGGCAACAAAAUGCACCAACAUCAAGUUCUUCACCUAAAAAGACUGCUGCAGUUCUGCAAAAUUUGUCUAAGUCUACUUCAUCGACAACACUUAAUAGCAAAAUGAGCAAUGCUGCAAAGUUAAGACAACAGUUUAUAGAAGAAGUGAAGGACAUUGAGCUUUCUUUGAAGGAAACCAUCAAGAAUUAUAAGUCAAAAAUAUCAGAAGCCGAAAAGAAGUCUGCAUUUAUUACAGAAAAAUUGAGAGAAAAGAAUAAACUUUUAUGUCAUAAAAGUGAAAUUAUAUUUACCAAAGAGCGAGAGAAUAAAAUCCUUCGAGAAAAAGUGUUGGAAUUAUACGAUUAUCAAAAAAUAGUUUUUGAGAAUAUGGAAGACAUAUCAAAUACCCUUGGAGCGCAGAAGGAUUUAUCAGAUAAUUUGCAAAAUGUAUAUGAUUCAGUGAUGAUAAUGCAACAAAAUACCAAUGAAAUGUUGGAAGAAAAGCUUAACGAGAUAACUCCAGACCAGAACUAUUGUGAUGAUUUGACUGAACUAAAUAUGAAAAUCAACGAGCUGGAAAAAAAUAUUCACCAAAAUGAAAAUUUGAACCACGAAUUGGAAUCAAAAAUAAAAGCAGCAAAACAUAACAAACAGGAGGAGCAAAAAAUGAUCAAUGACUUGGAUAAGAAAAUAAAUGAAGUGGAGACAAGGAAUAAUUUGAUGAAACAGAAUGCUGAAAAAGAAAAAAAUGAUUUACUGCAAGAAAUCAACAAUUUAAAACAAGAAGAGAAAACUCAGACUGUAAAAAUGACUGAAUUAGAUAGUACCAUUUCCAAAUUGGAACAAGAACUACAAUCGAACAGAAUGCAAGACAAUGAGGUAGGAUUGGAAAUAAAUCAAAUUAAUGAUGAAAUCAAGUCGUUAUCUGAAGAGAAUGAAAAACUUAAAAAAAAUCGCUGCAAAGAGGAUGAGGAACAAGCAGUUACUUUACAACAACUUAAAGAACAGUUAAAACUUUCACAAUCUAAAUUAGCAUCCAUAAAACAGAAAGAGAAUCAAGUUUCAAAUGUGUUGAAAACUAAAAAUGAAGAAUUACGUACUAAAUUAAAAGGUUACGAUGGAAUAGAAGUAAAGGUACAGAAACUUGAUUUGGCAGUGAACAAAGAACAAGAAGCUAUAACGCAAAUUACCGAAGAAUCUGAGAGUAAAAUCAGAGAAUAUAACAAUAAAAUAAAAUUGAUUGAAAAAGACAUUAUUGAAGUGAAAAUGAAAAUAAAGCAAAAAGAAAGUAAAGUGCAAGAAUCUACAGAAAAGAUAAGAUCAUUAGAGGAGGAAGUACUUCAGUUAAAUGAAAAGUUGACAGCUAACUUAAAUAUGAGAAAAAAGAAUACAGAAAAGCAAGUUGUUGGUCCAUCCGGUUUACCUGAAUUAUUUACAUCAGAUGGCAUUCAUAAUGCAGAGAAGCAGAAAAAUCGAAAAAAGUUAUACACUCCAACAUUGGCAGAUGAUGAUUUGGAAAUUGAUUCCCUUUCCAUUGAAGAUCAGUUGAAUCACUUGACUCAAUCAAAAUCAUCUAAUUCACACUCACCGGAAAAAAGUAAAAGAUUUUUCAAGAAUUCAACUCUUUCACAAGCAAAAUCUAAAAAAGAAUCUACCCCUCGUGGUAGAGGAAGAGCAAAGAGAAAUUGAAAAGCAUACCUUCAAAAUUAAACAUUUUUACAACAAUCAGUUACGGUAAUGAUAAAAAUAAUAAUAUACAUAUAUUGGUGUGAAAAAUGAAGGGGGAACAUUGAAAUUGUUUGAGAAAAUGAUUUUAAACAUGACAUAUUAUAUA